AUGCUGGCUGAAAGUUCGGAGCAGCAGCAGCAACAACAAGAGACGUGCUUGCGGGAACUCAGCGCUGCAGUUGCAGCUGCAGCUCAUCAAAAGGCUGCGGAGGCACUCUGUCUGCUGGCACCGAUGGGCUCCCAGCCAUGCAGCAGGCAGCAGCUGCAGCAAUCUCGGGGGGGAGCUCAGAGGAAUGUGGAGCCAAAGCAUGUGCUGCUACUGCUGCAACGCAUGGCAGAGGCGGACCCUACACGCUUCCAGGGCGUUGAGCUUCCCCAGAGCGGCGGAAAAUCCCUCAACAGUUUGCUGCACACUUUGGAGCAGCGGGGGAUCGUCCGUGUACAAGACGUGCUGAAAAACGCGUAUGAGCUCGCCAAGCAGCAGCAGCAACAGCAGCAACAGCAACAACAGCAACAGGAGCAGGUGCAGCAGCUCUCUCAGCAACAGCCACCAAAGUCAUCCGUGAAGCAGCAGCUGCUACAGCAACCGGAGCGUCAGCUGCCCUUAACGCAGCCCCAACAGGUGCAGCGGGUGGCGCAACACGACACAGCAGCAGCAGCAGCAAGUCUUACGCGACUUCCUACUCAGGCGACUGCUACUGCUACUCCUGGUUUUCCCGAUACACCGGAAAAUGCCGCCGCUGUACAGACGCAGUCACCCCUGCUGAUCGACCCGCAGACCAUCGCCAAAAUCGUCUCCUAUCCUCGGGAAAGGCAAGUAGACCUCAUUGCGCGACUGCUGCAGAAGCCUCGGGGUUCCCAGGUGGUGCAGCAGCUGCAGAUGGCUGGCCACGUCUCUGCCGACAUUUGUGCUGAGGCCAUAAGUAGCUGCAGUAACAUGCAGCAACAGCGACGGCAACAGCAGCAGCAACAGCAGCAGCAGCAAUUCCUGCAGCGACAGGUGCAGCAACAACAGUCUCUGCAGCAGCAACAACGGCUGCAGCAGGCGGGGUCCCAUGUACAGGUGCCACAAAGCCCUGCUGCAAAGCGUUUACGUGUGAUGAAUCCAAAUGAAGACAACAACACUAACAGCGGUGGUAGCAACAAUUUUUUGAUCAAGGCGGACUAUGGUACACAGGGAGAGAGGCGCUUCUUUAGGCCGCAGCUUCUGCGGCAGCGUCCAAAGUUUAUUACCGUUAUAAGGAAGCACUUGCCGAUGGCAGGAGAGGAAGAGCAGAAGCAGCAGCAGCAACAGCGGGGGUGGUCGUGGGUUCCUAACAGUCCCGCUACCGAGAUACUGCAGCAGCAGCAGAAGCUGCGUCAAUUGCUGAAGCAGCAGCUCCAGCAGCAGCACAUCCUGAGACCUCUGGCACCUUCUUCCGCUGCUCAGCCGCAGCAGCAGCCGCAAGCGAUGCCUCAUGAGCUUCAGCAGCACUUCACGCUGCGCCUGUACAUGAAGCGAAAGCUGCAGCAGACGCUCCGGCGCAUGGGCCUCUUAACGGGAAUGUCGCUCGUGGCUGCUGACGAGGGAGCCAUUGUCGAGAGGCUGCUCGACGCGAUACAGUUGAGGCUCAUGCUGCUCUCCCCUUGUCUACAGGCGAUAUCGUGUUACCGCGUCGAUCGCAUGUUCUCUCGGCUGCUGCAGUGCGGCAGCAGUAGCAGCAACGCAGGAGAGACAGCGGCAUCGGCACAUGGACACGUCAAAGAUGUUGCUGGAGGUGGAUUUGCUGAAGCAGCAACUACGACUUCGCCGCUUCAGGUGGACCAGAAGGAGCCGCAGCAGCACCAGGGAGCUACGGGCCUAAGGGCCAAGUCAAAUUAUGGCCUGUUAGCUGAGUUUUUACUACGGCGAGAAAGUGAUCAACAAAUUGCAGAGAGACUCCAUCGGCUCAACGAAGGCCGUCGCCGCGUGAAGCACCGACUCAAGGCUCGCAGCAUCGGGGGAGCGAACCAGACAGCCAAGACUGAUGAGGUCCUGCUGGCUGCUAACCAUGAAGCGUCCAUGCACAUUGCGGCAUCCGCUGCAUCCGCAGCAGGCGCAGCAGACGCUGCUGCGUCUGGGGUCGGUAGUGGCGGCUCCACAGGCUUCGGAGAAGUGCAGCAACACGCGCAGCAGGGAGCGCAUCCAGAGGAAGUGGCUGUCGAAAAAGCUCAAGAAUUUGCUGAGGUAGCCCACAGCCAGAGGCUGCUGCUGCUCCGUCUCACUGCUUUGGACUUUCGGGCGCUGUUGCAGGUUCCUGCUGCAGAAGCCUUGACGCCGCUUUCCUUCAGGACCCGUCUACUGCAGUUUUUGGAGCUGCUGCAUUUCGAUCUGCAGUCCGAACCUCCUCGGCUGCCUCUGGCUGCUGUGCGUCUUGCUGCUGCACCCGUCGCCGCCCCCCCCGUAACUCCACCCCCGCUGCAGCAACAGCAUUACCACCAGCAGUAUCAACAACAUCACCCGCAUCUCCACUCCUCUCCGACUCCCAACAAACCUCAAACCACGGUUCCUGUAGCUAAUGCUACAGCAGCAAGUGCCCCGCCCGCCGCUCCGCAGGCCCCUACAGCGGCAGCAACCGGCCUUGCGGCUGCUGCUGCAGCGGCUGCUCAGACUGCCAACGAUGGUGCAGCAAAGGGAAAAGAUACAGUCGCGGCUCCUGCCACAGGCUCUGCGGCUUCUGCUGCCACUCUACUUGAAGCAACUCCCGCAGCGGCAGCCGGCUCUGCUGGCGAUACCCAGCAGGCUGAAGGAGGCCCCUCAGGUGCCUUUCAAACAGAGACAAAGCGGAGGGGCGGAGGUGUGGCAACGAAGAAUCGCAACAGAAAAAAGGCGGCGGCUGCUGCCGCUGUUGCGGCCAUUGUCUUGGAAGCUGAAGAUAAGAAACGUGCUGCUAUGCUCCAGCAGCAGCACGACCAAUACAUGCAGCAGCACGGGGUGCCACCUCCCUUGCCACCCCCGCACUUGCUUGGGCAGCCGUUUGGCCUUCAUACACCAGAGCAGCUCCUGCAGCAGCAGCAACAGCAACAGGAGCAGCUGCACCAGCUGCAGCAGCACUUGCUGCGUGGAUGUAGCGCCAGUACCCACGCGCUGCAUCAGCACCAGCUGCAGCAGCAGCGUACAGCUGAAGAGGCUCAGCGGCACCGUGCUGCUACUGCAGCGGCCAGUGUUGCUACUCCAGCGCAGCAUCAGAUGCGCGUUGGUGCGCAAGCAGGCUCGAGAGACAAACGACACCGAGACUCGCUGCCAAGGGUUGCUGACGCGAUUGAAGGAGGCGCCGGAAAGGUCUCAGAGCUUCUUAUCCCUGAGGUUGACGAAGAAGACUUCUUAUAG